AUGAUAAAUCUUCAACGACCAAGUACAGCAUGUCAACUGCACAGACCAUCAUUAACAGAUACUGGUAAUCAAGCAGUUCAUGCGGAGAAAUAUUAUGUCAUGAAAAGUUAUACUUAUGAUGAAUUACAACCAUGCCAACAACGACAUCAACAAACAGGAGCGCCGUUGCCCCCACGACCAGCGACCGCCUAUGCUGGACAACAAAGUGAGCUUCAACCAGCUAAACAGCAACAACAAACAGUGAAAGCACUACCCACUCGGCCAGCUACAGCUUAUGCUGGACAGCGUGAUGCACGUUUAGGCCGCAGUCUACUGAGUAAUGAUAAUUGGCGACAAGCCACGAUGGUUGAUAUUCGGCUUAAUGCGAAAGCGAUAGAACAGAGUGAUCGAAACAUUCUCUAUGGCAAAGGCAUCGACCCUGUUCCUCAUACGCGUGAGUUACUCAGCGAAUUGAGUAACGCAGAAGCCUUAUUCUAUGCUCGUCAAUGUCGCCUUGUGGUUUCUAAAUUACGUUUAUGCUGGAAUGAUGUAAACGAAGAAAUUAAAUCUUUAGCGAAAGUGAAAGAAUACACUGACGCUGCUAUUGACCAUAUGCGAAAAGAUCUUGUUAUCAACAAGGACAGUCAUACUAUGCGAAAAAAGCCCAAACGAGAAUCGGAACCUGAUGGUGUUGAUGAUAUUCUUUCCGCUGAAAAAUAUCAUUUGUUGAAAAUAAAAAGAGUGUUGGAAAUCAAUUGUAGAAAUGUUAUUAACCAAAUGCAGAAACUUGACGAAAUUCGACACCGAGUAGCAAAAAUCAACAAAGAACGUUCAACGGUUACUGAACUUAUAUGCCAAUGUUUAACAAGCGCGUCACGAACAUUUGAAGCAGUACGAACUGAAAAAUUAAGUAAUAUGUACCAUCGACGAUCACCAUCUGCACAGACGUAUCGAUCACGACGUCAGAAAGCGAAUCUUCUGAAUUCAGCUGAAUCGAACUUACUGGACGAGAACGGUUUUCCUCUCGUUGGUCAUUUACAACCAUUUACACCUGAUGUCAUUCAAAUAUUCGAUGAAGCCGCGAAAUCUAUUGACGAGUCCGGGGAAAUUAAAAAACAAACAAUGAACCAAAUCAAAGAUGCAUUCAACGACGCCAAAGCUUAUUCCUUAACUGUAAAUCAAAGCAUUGCACAAAAACUUGCGGAUAUUAUUACAUUAGCACAACAUUUAACAGUCUCACUCGGUGACAAUAUGCUUGCUCAAAAUCGUGCGCAACGCUGGCAUGAUAUAACUAUGAGUGCCCAACGAACGAAUGCAGGUCCGCAAAGUUCAUCGAAUUUGAAAACAUGCGAGCGAUUCGACCGGCCAAUCAUUCAAACAUUUCAACGACAUCCAGGAAACCAGCUAUCUGAAGUUCAAAUGGCGAUGAAAACUACGACAGAUCUUCAGCAAUCAGCGAAUGAAACCGAAAAACAAUUGAAAACAUUGAAAGUAGUUGGCCAACGUUUACAAGCAAAUCUAACUGACAAAGAGACAGCAUUAGAAGUCGAUUGUCAACUUCUUCGUCAACGCCGUGGACGCUCGAAUCAUAAGUGGGCUGCAACGAAAUAUAUACAUGCUUAA